UGGCAUGUGUAGAUUCAGCAAGUAGCAGGAAGUCCCACCCACAGGAACUAGUCAGCAGGGCAGGCUUCAUGUUUCACAAAGAAGGAAGCAGUCAGAAAAAUACCACUGAGCCUGUUGUGACAAUGAGGCACAUAUUCCUCCUCCUGCUUCCCUGUCUUGAUGUUUGUAGCAUCCAGGCAGCUGCAAAUCUCAGAGUCUGUGCCUUCAACCUUCAACAUUUUGGGGAAUCCAAAGCCAAGAAGCAGGACGUCAUGCAGACAUAUGCUAAGAUCAUCACCCGGUGCGAUGUGUGCCUACUUCAGGAAGUGAGAGACAACAGACAAAAAGCUUUGCCCCAACUACUUGAGCAUCUUAACAAGUAUGACCUUCAGCAUGAAUAUAAAGCUGUGGCGAGUGAGAGAUUGGGCAGGUCUGAAGCAUACCAGGAGCAGUAUGUGUUUGUCUACAGGGCUAAUAAAGUGACAGUCACGGGCCAGUAUCAGUACCCUGACGACAAGCCAGGAGAUGUGGAUGCCUUCUCCAGAGAGCCGUUUGUUGUCCGCUUCAAAGCUCCAAAGACAGCGAUCAAGGAGUUCGUCCUUAUUCCGCAACACACCAGUCCAGCUAACGUCUCGAAGGAACUUGAUGCACUUUAUGAUGUUUUGCAACAUGUAAGGAGGAUGUGGAAAACGGAGAAUAUAAUACUUCUUGGGGACUUCAAUGCUGAUUGUGCCUACCUUUCCAAGAGGAGUCGCGGGAAAUUGCGCUUGUUUAGAGACAGCAAUCUGUUCUGGUUGAUGCCAGAAAAGACGGACACCACCGUCCGAGACUCCACCUCCUGUGCCUACGACAGGAUUGUCGUGCACGGUGACACACUUGCCAAUGCAGUUGUACCCUUUUCAGCCAAGCCAUUUAACUUUCAAAUGGAAUAUCGUCUCUCGGAGGAAGAGGCACUCAAGGUGAGCGACCAUUACCCCAUUGAGGUCCUCCUGAAGAACAACGCAUCAAAAGUCUCCUUUAGCCUCUUCCUUGUUUCACUUCUCAUAUUCUCUGCAGAUGAAUCACUUGUACACGUAGUUAGAUGGCAAUCCCACUGAAGGUGGGGUAAUGACGUGAAAUGCACCUCUCGUUGUAUUUUAAAAACACUUUUUCAGGUAAAACACGGCACACUGUCUAACCUCACAGAAAAUCUCUGUGUCUUGUAAUGAUCUCAAUGGUGGCAGUGUGAGCUUUUUAACUCUGUACAAUGUCAUUUCUCCAGUGUCUUCUUCUAUCCUAAACAGGAUAGGGACCUUUUCGACUUUACUAGUGUCACACUGGCUUUUUGUAUCAGCCAAAAUAAGUAUGAUAGUAAUGUAGUAUUCGCACACUAGUAAUGUGAUUUUUUUUUUAUAUGUCAAGCUGUAAUACAGUAAAAUCAUCACUGUUAUUUGAUUUACUGUGAUCGCAUUACACAUGUAUGGUAUGCUUUUUAACAUGAAAUGUUGAACUUGCUUUGAUGUGUUCAAGCUGUACUUUAUCACACAACGAUCAGUGUUUGAUUCUAAACAAAAAGAUGUGCAUUCAGCACACAUUAUCUUUCAUAUUGGAAGAGAUUGUGGUUAUGAUGCUUAAAGCAAUGUAUGCUUUGGGUUUGUAUGCAAACUAUAUCAACAGAAAUGAAUAAACAACGACUGCCUAUUGCU